AUGUUGUCCUCCCUCCUCAACGCUCUCCUCCUCCUCGUGUGGGCGAACCAGGCGUCCGCCGCGCACGCCAACUUUCACGUCCAGUUCCCGUGGAUGACACGCACGCAAUAUCCCAAGACUCAACCUGAACUCCAGCGCUUUGUCCCCUUCUGCGGAGACAUCAUCCACAACCCCCAGCGGUACGGCCGUAUCUACCGGAACUUUCUCUCCUUCUCUGGCCAUCCGGGGGAUCUAGUCUCAGCGCGGUACACACGCACCCGGGUGCCCAGGAGCGCAGAGGACUUCCCACAUGCGAUAUUUGACGACGUACCUAUUGCCCCGAGUGGACAGCUGUGUGUGAACGUCACUCUCCCUUUUGACACGCAGGAAGGGGAGUAUGGAGUGAUGUACUUCCAAGCCGUUGCCCCAACUGGUGGGGUACAAUACUGGUGCUUGGAUGUGCGGAUGUCGGAUAUUAUCACUUUGCCAGAGGAUCAUCCUGCGAUGUGUGCAGCAGGAAACGAGACGCUCAUCCCGAUGCCGGAUGAGUACUUGUAG